GUGUCGUCAUAUGUGUUGUAAACAAGUUCAAUCAGUUUAAUGUCAUUUCGUAAAGUAUUUGUUGCAGAAUUCUGCUCGUAUAGUUUAUCGUUCGACUUUACAACUUUUUGGGGGUGUUCCUGCAUACAGAAAUGAUGGAAAAACAUACAAACAUAAUAAAGAAUGUUUUUAAUACCGCUUGCAAAACAUACACCAAGCUCAACCUGAAUGCUAAACGAUUCAAUCAAAUCCAAUAUUUUAAAGGUCACUGUGGUUGAAGUCUGAGUAUGAGCAGGAUUACCGCUCAGUUCCCUACUGUAAUUAGUUAUUGGGCGACAAUUGUUGAGUGUGGAUUGUUUCAAAAUUGAACAUAGUCAUAUAGUUUUUGAUCACUUUCAAAUCAAUAGCACUCCAAAGAAAACAUGUUAUCUUGUGCUGAUAAUCUUUACCUGCAUUAUUUUGAUUAUCUACGGUAAAACUGAUAUGAGAAUUAGAAUUUGUGACAAGUAUUUUCUUCAAAUAAUUUUGUGCUUACAAAAUGGGGCAACCUUUGAGUAUGGCUAAGAAGAAUAAGAGAAAAACCAACAAACUCUUCAACUCACUAAUAUUUAUGAAUGAGAAUCAUAAUUUGAGUCACACAUUUGCUAUUUUUGAUGAUGAAUCUACAGUAGAAUUAGUUAAUGUGAACACAGCAAAUGAAAAUGAACUCUUGAAAGUCCAAGGUAUAGAUUUGGAACUAUCCAAAAAUAUAAUCAAACACCGAAAAGCCAUAGGAUUCUUUCAAAAAGUAGAAGAUCUAGUUGUGGUUCCUGGAAUGGGGGCUGAUAGACUCGAUAACAUUAAACACUAUGUUUGUGUCAGCACUAGGAAUGUUAUGCGCAAUUCUUUACAAAGUUUCGAUAGUUUAAAAAGUGUUGAUUCUCGAACUACACUCACUAAAACCAGUAAAUUAGUGAAUGUAAACGAAGCUUCAGUAUAUGAACUUCAAUUAAUACAUGGAAUAACACAGGAGAUUGCAGCAGCUAUUGUUUACUACAGAUGUAAGAAGGGACCAUUCAAAAGGCUGGAAGAUCUCACAAAAAUCAAAUGCAUCGACUGUAUACGACUCGACAAUAUCAGCCAAUACCUCACUGUCUACAAUGAGCAAGAAAUGUCAGACACGGAAUCAGAAAAGCAACCCUACAAUUUAACCCUCAACGGAGGCAGUAGGACGAGCAAUACUCUGAAUUUUUCCUGCAGGAAUGGGACCACGAACGUAUUGCUAGAUUCGACUGUGGCAGAUAUUUUCGAGUUAUUGUCGACCUAUUCUCCCCGUCCAAUAGUUAAGGAGUUAUUUAGAUAUUCCAGAAACGACAGACCUGCCUUUAGGGUAUCAAGUUGGGACCUGGAUCAGUUUUCUGUGGAGAAAGCUUCGAAUUUAGGAGUGAAGGAGGUUAUUUGUAGGACUAUUUUAGAGAACGGAUGGUCCAUUUUGGCAAUUCAAGAUAUUCAGGACAAAGACGCUUUGAGGGUCAUUUGUGAUGAACUGAACGAUCCUCAGUUACAACGUGUACAAGAAUGGAAAAACAACGUGUAUUGUUGGAAUCAUAUCAUAAUGGACAAUGAACAUGGUAAACUUGGAUUCAUCUUUCAGUCCAAAGGAGUUGAAGAAAUAACAGUGAUUUCUUCAGAAAAGGGUCCCCUGGACCCUUCUGCUUGUGAUAGUUUGAUAACCAACUUCAAAAUAGGAAAUACAGUAGUACAAAUUUUAAAUUUGAAAGUAAGAGUCGACUUGGGUGUUGAUAAACUGCAAGAUCACCUGCAAAAGAUGAUAAAUACAGAAACACAUUGUUUGAUUUGUCUAGAUUUUGGUAGUUUACUCAUUCAUAAUGAUUUUUUCACAAACUUAGAAAAUUCCAAACUACUCCUACCUACAAAUCUUUCAAACAGUUUUCACUCAAUUACCAAUUCCUCAAAGCAUUGCAGCUCUAAUUUUGUUGUGAAUAGCAGGCUAGAAAAGUACCUCACAGGGUUACAGGGAAUCCAAAGAAAUGGUCUAACACACCUAGCUAUACCCUCAGGAUGGACUUGGGGGGGAUCUGUUUCCUCGUGUUGCCCUGUUUGGGUUGAGUUCUUUGUUACUCCUAGUUGAAUUUGUGAUAUUUUUUUGUAUUUUUGACUUGUGAAUGCCUUAGGAAAGUUUGUGAUAAGAUUUGUAAUUCAUAUAUUACGUAUAUUUUAUUGAUUUACAAGACUAUCUAUAGAAUUGCUUAUUUAAUAAAUUUUAUUUGAAAAAAAUUGAGAUUUAUU